UUCUCGAUUUCUUAAAUUCCAAAAACUUGAAAAGCAAAGGAGUAAGAGCCGAUCCAGCAUUGGGAGUUUCUAGGGUUUGUUUUUCUUCUUUUUGUUGUAAAGCUAUCUUUUUUACUCCUAAUUCGCAGGGAUGAAGCUCACUGUAAAGACUCUCAAGGGAAGUCACUUUGAAAUUAGGGUUCAGCCAUCUGAUACGAUUAUGGCAGUCAAGAAGAACAUUGAAGAUGUACAAGGAAAAGAUAAUUACCCAUGUGGGCAGCAGUUGCUGAUUCACAAUGGUAAAGUGCUGAAAGAUGAAAGUACAUUGUUGGAAAACAAUGUCUCUGAGGAUGGUUUUCUUGUUGUCAUGCUUAGCAAGAGCAAAACUGCUAGCUCAAGUGGGACAACUUCUGCUCAGCCAGCAACUGCCGCAAAUCCUACUACAACACCUGAAGUGAUUCCGCCAUCACAGGCCCCAAAAGAUGUUGUGUCAGCUUCGGAUGCUGCGGCUGCUAGUCUUCCAGCUGAUGAUUAUAGUCAAGCUGCAUCAAAUUUAGUUGCUGGCAAUAAUCUCGAGCAAACUAUACAACAACUUAUGGAUAUGGGUGGUGGCAGCUGGGACAAAGAGACAGUUACUCGUGCACUUCGAGCUGCUUAUAACAAUCCUGAAAGAGCUGUUGAUUACUUAUAUUCAGGAAUUCCUGAAACGGCAGAAGUUUCUGUACCGGUAGCCCGGGGUGGAGUUAAUUCUGCUGCUGUGCCUACUGCUGCGCCUAUUGCACCUUCUUCUGGCGCACCUAAUUCUGCUCCUUUAAAUUUGUUUCCUCAGGAGAAUGUUGCUGGUGGUGGCGGUGCUGGUCUUGGAUCCCUUGAUUUUCUCAGGAACAACCAACAGUUCCAAGCUUUACGUUCCAUGGUUCAAGCUAACCCACAAAUUUUACAGCCUAUGCUUCAGGAACUAGGAAAGCAAAAUCCUCAACUUUUAAGAUCUAUACAAGAGCAUGAUCAAGAGUUUCUUCAAUUAAUCAAUGAACCUGUGGAUGGUUCUGAUGGGGACAUGUUUGAUCAGGCUGAGCAAGAGAUUCCUCACACAGUUAGUGUGACUCCAGAAGAACAGGAGGUGAUUGAGCGGCUGGAAGCAAUGGGUUUUGAUAGAGCUCUUGUCAUUGAAGCUUUUUUGGCUUGUGAUCGCAAUGAGGAACUGGCUGCCAAUUAUCUGUUGGAGCAUGCAGGAGAUUAUGAAGAUUAAGUGGGAAAACAUGGUAGCAAUAUUCUUUGGUACACAAACAGUUCUUGAACCGUUUUUAGUACUUGAGAUUGUUUGUAAAGGAGGUUUUACUUAAAAUUAUUGGAUCCAAUUGAUCUUCCCAAUUGGGAAGCUUAAUUUGUUAGCUUUUCUUCUUCUAUUAUACAAUCUGCUCGUAGGAUCAAAAUAUCAUGUUUUUAGACGCAA